UCGAGCAAGUUUAGUUACGAGUUUCUAUCAGAGAGCCCGGAUUCGAAGGCAAGCCCUCAUUGGCUCUGAAAUCGGUGAUUCCAGGCACCGGCUCCCAUCGUUCUCUUGCUCCCCAGGGACAAGUUUCCCCUACGCGAGCUCGCCACGGCGAUUCGAAACCCGAGGCCUCGCUCCCCCUUCGAAAUAAAUCACAUAGAAUAGAAAGGCUCCUUUUAACCCGCCGCCCCCUCCGGCGAAGCCGCCUCCCUUUUUGAGAGCUAAAAAGGAACGGAGCAAAAGAGGUAUCGUCUUUUUUGAUCUACCUUCUCCCGUCUAUUGGAAGACGCGAAGCAGGCAAGAGGAGAUAUUCUUUAUUGGACGGACGCGCUAGGGUUGCCGGCCGAUGGCGACUAGGGUUUGGAGGAGCUCCAUCCGGGAUGGCCUGUUCAAGAUGCUGAAGUCUGGGCCGGUUGGCGGAGGCUUCGCGCCGAGGCUGGCGAGCACCGCUGCCGGCAUCGGAGGCGUCCCGAAGAUCCCGCCAUCGUCCAAGAAGGGAAGGUUAUUAACUGGAACCAUGAUAGGGCUAGCAAUAGCUGGAGGAGCUUACGUGAGUACGGCAGAUGAAGCAACUUUUUGCGGGUGGUUGUUCAAGGCUACAAAAUUUUUGAACCCAUUCUUUGCAUUGCUAGAUCCAGAGGUUGCUCAUCGCUUGGCAGUUUCCGCUGCUUCUCAUGGCCUUGUUCCUAGGGAAAAGAGACCUGACCCAGCAAUACUGGGGUUGGAGGUUUGGGGGAGAAAAUUUACAAAUCCCAUAGGUCUUGCUGCUGGUUUUGAUAAAAACGCUGAGGCAGUUGAAGGCUUACUAGGACUAGGCUUUGGCUCUGUCGAAGUUGGCUCUGUUACUCCUAUUCCCCAGGAGGGAAAUCCUAAGCCUCGUAUCUUCAGAUUGCGCCAGGAGGGUGCUAUAAUUAAUCGAUGUGGGUUCAAUAGCGAAGGUAUUGUGGUGGUUGCAAAGCGUCUUGGUGCCCAGCAUGGUAAGAGGAAGAUGGAAGAAACUUCGAGCUCGUUACCUUCAUCAGGUGGUGAAGUAAAGCAGGGAGGAAAGGCAGGUCCUGGCAUUUUGGGCGUUAAUCUUGGCAAAAACAAGACAAGUGAAGAUGCAGCUGCUGACUAUGUUCAAGGAGUCCAUACUUUAUCUCAGUAUGCUGACUACUUGGUCAUAAAUAUCUCUUCACCAAACACUCCCGGGCUUCGCAAACUUCAGGGGAGAAAACAACUGAAAGAUCUUGUUAAAAAGGUGCAAGCUGCUCGUGAUGAGAUGCAAUGGGCAGAGGAGGGUCCACCACCAUUGCUAGUGAAAAUUGCACCUGACUUGUCUAAACAGGACCUUGAUGAUAUUGCGGCGGUUGCUCUUGCUCUCCACUUGGAUGGGUUGAUCAUAUCAAAUACAACUGUUUCAAGACCAGAUCCUGUAAGUAGACACCCAUUAGCAGGAGAAUCUGGUGGUUUAAGUGGGAAGCCUCUCUUUGAUCUGUCCACCAACAUUCUCAAGGAGAUGUAUAUUCUUACUCGGGGAAAAAUUCCCCUUAUAGGCUGUGGUGGCGUUAGCAGGGGUGAAGAUGCAUAUAAAAAGAUUCGAGCUGGAGCAACACUUGUUCAGCUUUACACAGCCUUUGCCUAUGGUGGACCAGCGCUCAUUCCCCAGAUAAAGGCUGAGCUAGCAGAGUGCUUAGAGAGGGAUGGUUUUAAAUCUGUCCAGGAAGCAGUAGGUGCAGAUUGCAGAUGAAACAUCCAUAAUUCCCAGGAGGCACUGGAUGUCUCUAAAAUGCGCCGUGCCAAUGGCAAGUUGCUUUUCAAUCUAUUGAUUUCCUUGAGCAAGUUAGCUCAGCUCAUCUGUGAAAACACCCCAAUUUACCCCAUAUGAGAAUUCAAGAUGCGGCUAGUUUUCUCUUAACAUUGAGCGAUUUCAUCAUGGGAUUUUAAAUUAUAUGUAAGUUUUGCUGCCUCUGUCUGCCCUCUCAUCUCCAUAUUGGCUAUGAAGUUUCGGUUGAUACAGGUGGCUUCCUAAGGUGUUCUAGAAACCUGCAAGUGAUUUGGAAAUUUUAGGAUUCUUUUAUUACUCAAAAAUAUAUAAGCACAAAUGGUUUUGGGAGACGGACUUUUUCAAUUUCUCAAAAUAAAAAAAAAAAAUCCUGUUGGCUUCCUUCCUCUUUCUUAUUUUGUUGUUGGUUGGUGGAAAAGGAUGGACAUUAUUUUACCCCUGAUCUUUUUGUAAGCUGUGUUGUAAGCUUUUCAGAUCCUACGAUUUUAUUUA